AUGGAAGGAGGAUCAAACACAACUGCCAACUCUACAGACUUUCAGGAUACUACUGUACCGCCUAGUACGGACUGUGGUUCUGGUUGCCAGGCAAUCAAUGUGAUCAAGGUUAUUCUUAAAGCCAUUUCUGGAAGUGAAGAAAUUAAUACUAUCUCAGUGAUUUCAUCAUUCAUUUUCAUCAUGACAGUUUUGAUGCUCAUCCAGCUUAUUUGCAUGUGUAUUAGUUGUGUACUUAAAAAACCAGUUCUCAUCGCACCACUUGCAAGCCAAAAGAAUCGCGUGGUUAGCUAUAUUCUUGGAUCUCUGAUUGGUCUAAUUAUGAUAUCGAAUAUGUUCAUGGUGCUGAGCUGUUCUAUCUCAUGCGGAUCCUACAAGAAAUAUGUGCAUGCUCUUAUAUACACUUCGAGUGGCAAUGUCUUUCUAUUAGCAUCAACUAUUCUUCUACUGUAUUUCUAUCCACGGAGAUACAGAGUUUCUAAUGUUAUGAGCCUUAAAGAGCGGAUAGCAUUUUGGACCCUAACUGCUGUUGAACAUCUGUCCAGUGUAACAUUGCUUUCCUUAUCGUUCAUUCCCUUGACUUCAAGCAAUUGGCUGAUGGUCGGCUUUAUUUUAGAAACUAUUCUAAGAUUUGUAUACGUUGGUUACACUGUCUGGUUUGGAACUAAGUUCUUGGCAGCAAAUGAAAAUACUUCUAAAAUUCCCAAUGGGCAUUUACCUACCGGAAAGUCAGGAAAGCGUAAUGAUGAAUCAGAUAUGAAGAUAUCACAGGGACAGGAAAUGCAGGAUUUAACUAGAGAUCAUGAAUAA